GGGGCCCCUCGAGGGAUGCCACCCGGCUCGGCGUUCCGGUCUGCGUUUGUAGGGCGCUGUAGCGGGGCUCAGAGCAGCGAUUCCUCCCCCUUCGCAGCGGUGCUGAUCUCAGCCGGGUUUUGUUCCCGGCAGCCCGCUUCCGCGAAGUGGUACGACCGAAGGGACUACGUCUUUAUUGAGUUUUGCGUUGAGGACAGUAAAGAUGUUAAUGUAAAUUUUGAAAAGUCCAAACUUACGUUCAGUUGUCUUGGAGGAAGCGAUAACUUUAAACAUUUAAACGAAAUCGACCUUUUUAAUAAUAUUGAUCCAAAUGAAUCAAAGCAUAAAAGAACAGACAGAUCCAUCCUGUGUUGUUUACGAAAAGGAGAAUCUGGUCAGGCGUGGCCAAGGCUAACGAAAGAGAGGGCAAAGCUCAACUGGCUCAGCGUGGAUUUCAACAACUGGAAAGACUGGGAAGAUGAUUCAGAUGAGGACAUGUCCAACUUCGAUCGCUUUUCCGAGAUGAUGAACAACAUGGGUGGAGACGACGACGUAGACCUACCAGAAGUAGACGGGGCAGAUGAUGACUCACCAGACAGUGAUGAUGAAAAAAUGCCAGAUCUGGAGUAAGAAAAACUGUUGUCUUCAGGGUUUGGGGAAAGAACUUCAUCACAUUUCAUAAUUGAGAUAAGAAUUCCUGAGUUGAUAGCCCUAAAGGGAGAUAUUGCAUCCUUUAACCCAUUUUCAGUCCAUUUUCAAUGGCUUCACUGAUGGUAGGUGUGUACCAUUGUGCGGGGCAGUCUUAAGCCACGAGAGGCAAUAAUGUUAUGCAUGAACCGUUUUCCAGACUUCCAAAAACCAAUUGAGGUGUAGGCAAUCGAUACAGACCAGUUGCAAUAAAGUUUACAGAGCCUCCUUGCCUCGUAGCAGAUGUAAUUCCAACGGGAGAAUUCUGAAUUUACGUCAAGUGGUAAAUUGGCAUUUUCCCCCCUGGGUGGCCCGCAGGUAGAUCCCAACCUAAGCUCGUACCUGGAACAAAAUCUGGCUGAACCAACGUUAGCUUAAUUGGGUCACAAAAUUUAACAGGCGAUGCGCAAUACCUCUGUGGUGUCUUCAGGUGUGUUCCACUAAUGUUUUUAUUAAAAAGGAAACAAAAU